CCACACUUGCUAGCCGCUGCCUUGGUCACCAAAGCUGGUACAUUGCAGCAUUCAGGGAUCAACUAGCGCUGUGAUCAAGCUGCCAUCCUUGCCAGGGGAGCAGGAGCCAUACUGUAUUACAGUGUUUGGUAGAUUUGUCACCCUUUUGGCGUUGCAGGGAGCCUCAAACCCGGCCCGUGAAUAGCUGUUGCUGAUCUGCGACCGUGUAGGCAGCCAGCAAGAUGACCAGCCCGAGCAAACGCCGGGAGAUGGACGUUAUGAAACUGAUGAUGAGCGACUGGAAGGUGGAGUUAGUGAACGACAGCGUGAACGAGCUCUACGUCGAAUUUCAGGGUCCAAAGGACAGUCCGUAUGAGGGAGGAUUUUGGAGGGUGCACGUUGAGCUUCCGGACGGCUAUCCUUAUAAGUCACCUUCCAUCGGCUUUGUGAACCGAAUAUACCACCCCAAUGUGGACGAAAUGGCGGGCUCAGUGUGCUUAGAUGUCAUCAACCAGACCUGGAGCCCCAUGUUUGACUUGCUGAAUGUCUUUGAGACAUUCCUGCCACAGCUGCUGUUGUACCCCAACCCCACAGACCCCUUGAAUGGGGAGGCAGCAGCGCUCCUCAUGCGGGAGCCCGAGGCCUACAACGCAAAAGUGAAAGAGUGCACAGCAAGGUUUGCAAAGAAGGAGGAUGUGGCGGGGCCGGAGAAUGGCAGGGAUGGCAAUGACAGCAUGAGCGCUGACUCAGAGGGCUUCCUCUCAUCCAGCGAUGAUGAGGAUGAACACCCCACAACAGGGGAACCUGACUUAUAGGCCAUUGCUUCUGGCACUGCUCAUUUCUUGCCUCUUGUAAUUGCUCACCGUCACAAGAUUGUCGCUGCAGCCCACUGUCCCUCUGGACAGCGAGGAGAGCUUUCGGCAUUGGCCCCUUUGUGCUCUUUCAAGCCUUGUUCAAUUGCAAUUUAACAGAGUGUUCCUUCCAUUUCUGCUCAUUGCAAACUGCAGUGGAGGUUUUAUGCUGCUGAAGAGAGCAGUCUCGGCAGGCAAGGAUGCCGUGUAUAAAAGGAUUUCGCCGUGCUUGCGCAAGCAAGGAUUGUGCGACUUGCGGUGUAUAUUAGGGAGGUGGAGGCUGGAUGUUGAAAACUUUGGCAAGCUCUGUGUGCGGCAUCAAUAAUCUAGCUUUGCUAGACAAUCUUUGUUCCUGAUUUUGCUGCCUGACAGAAAUGACUGACAAACUGGAUUCUUGACCUGUAUGAGCACUCAGGUGUGUAGAGGAGACAUUCCAGAUAUUUUUCUAGAGCUCCGAGAGGAGUCCGACUCCUCUCAGGAGUCCUCAGAUCAUCUGCAUGAUGCCAGGCAGUGCCUAAACCAGUGGUCUGUUUAUGUGUAAACUAUUUUUAGCA